GCCGGGCUGACAGUGUUGACUUGGCCUUGGUUGGGGAAGGUUGUCUGGGCACCUGUGCGUGGGGCGAGGCUUAGUGCAGGUAGAUCUCAGGUGUGGUAAUGCGUAGGUGUGCUGGGGCGGGCGGCAAGGGGUCGAAGUGAAGUGGUGUCAAGUGAGCAAAGUGUGAGCUUCCUCUGCCACCCCGCCAUGGCCAGCAUCCUGAAGGACCUCCGCGCUGCCUUCGGGGACGUCGAGCCGGCGCCCUACACGGUGGUGGUGCAGCGAGGGGGCUACGAGGAGCGAGUAUACCCGUCAAGGCAAUGGGCGUGCACCUCCAUGUCUGGGCCCAGUCGCCACGAGUUGGUCACGCCGAUGUUCAGGAGACUCUUCAGCUACAUCUCCGGCAGGAACGAACCCAACAUCAGGAUAGACAUGACCACGCCAGUCGUCACCUACGUCGAGCCACAAGACGACGAGGGGAGGAGGCGGCGGCGGAGGAGCAAGGGCGAGGAAGGAGGCGACUGUUGCGACGGAGACAUCACCGAAAACCCCUUCCUCCGCACCCCCUCCACCUCCUCCACCUCCACCUCCUCGUGCCUCACCUACACAAUGGCGUUCAUGGUGCCGGCGUCCCACCAGGAGGCGCCACCGACCACUGCCGACAAGCGGAUUUUCUUCGAGAGGAGGAAGAAGAUGGCGGUCCUGGUCAGGCGAUUCGGGGGCUACUUAAACGACGAGGUGGUGAGGCGAGAACUAGCAGCGUUGAGAGAAGCCAUCACCAACAACGGAGAUGCGGAGAACGUCGACUUCCAGCGGUACUUCGUGGUAGGUUACGACCCGCCCUUCAAGCUUCUGGGACGCCGCAACGAGAUCUGGGUGGUGAAGAGAGUGUGGGAACCCGAAGAGGAGGAGGUCUUGCAGAUGGAAAAGGGAUGUUGUGGAGAGGACUUCGUGUUAGUGGAGAGGGAGAUGCAAGAUGAGGAGCUGGUAGUGGUGAACGGCGUGGUGGAGGGGCAGGAGAAUGGGCUAGAGGAGAAUAAGGAGAAUGCGGUGGGGAGAAGUGGAGGGACGAUGGAGAAUGUGGAGAAUGUGGAGAAGGAGAACGCCGUGGUGGUGGAAGCUAAUGGUGUGGUGGGGAAGGCGAAUGGUGAUGUGGUGUUUGUGGAGACCUUGGCAGAUGAAUAGUGAUGGUGGUGUUGAUGGUGAUAAACUUGUGAUAUGGAUGGAGUUCGUAAGAGAAAGAAAACAAAAGACUAACAGAGGAAAGGAAAAUGAAAGUCGAGAAAGUUGAUAAAAGGAAAAACUGAUGAUAAGAAGAAGAAGAAUCAUAAAUCGAAAUAAUGAUAAAUGGAAAUAGAAAGAUGAAUAAAAGGAAAAUAAUCAGAAUAAACGAAAUUGAAAUGGACGUCGAAAUGGUUGUUAAAAAAUGUGAUAAAAGAAUAAGCGUAAAAGAAAAGAAGGAUAAUGAAGAAAUAAUGGAGAAAUGAAGCAAAUAAUUAUGAAGAAAUAAAAAAUAAAAAAAAUCAGAUUAGCGAAGGAAAGGGAAAUGGAAGGCGAAAAAGUUGUUUAAAAGAAAACUGCGAUAAGAAGAAGAAGCGUAGAAGCAACAGCGCAAAAGGAAAGGAGAAAGCGAUAAAGAAGAAAUAAAAAGAUGAAUAAAUGAAGAAAAAUAAUUAUAAAAGAAAGAAAACAAUGAUGGAAAACGAAAGAAAAUAAUUAUAAAAGAAAGAAAACAAUGAUGGAAAUGGAAAGAUGGAUUAAUGAAGAAAAAUAAUUAUAAAAAGAAAGAAAACAAUGAUGGAUAAGUGAAGAAAAACAAUUACAAAGAAAGAAAACAAAAGACUAAUAGAAAACAACGAUGGAUAAAAAAGCAAAUAUCAGAGAAAGAAAAUAGAUGAUAGAAAAAAAGAACGAUGAAAAUAUGAAUACAAAAAGUUAAUAAUGAAUGGAAAUAAAAAAGGAAAGAAAUGACGUGUGAUUUUAUUCUUUUUCUUUUACUGUUUUCUUUAUUUUCUUUACAUUUUACUGAAGUGACGAGAUGUUUAAAAAGACAGGUGGUAGUUAUAUUUUUAAGUGAUUUUAGACAGUUUUAAGACAGUGGUAUUAAGGAGGGUUAAAGAGAUAUGAAAAAGUAGAUCUGAGAGUUAGCAAUAUAUAUAUUUUUUUCUUUUAAAUGGUUGAAGUAAAUGAAACUGAUAUAAAAAGAUUGAGAAAGGUAUAAAAAAACAUGUAUAGUGCUUGUCAGGACCAUCACAUAUCACUAUUAUUAUUAUUAUUAUUAUUAUUAUUAUUAUUAUUAUUAUUAUUAUUAUUUUAGGGCACUGCAGCACGCAUUGUCGUUUUCUGUUUAGUGUCGCUCAAUACGUUUUCUUUCAUCAAUGCUUGACUAUCAUAUUUUAAUUCUAUGUUCCUUAUUUUAAUUUAGAUUGAUAAUGUGUUUAGGCCUAAGAAAUAUUCGUUUGUGUUGAUAGAAAAAAUGUAACGUUGGAUUUUAGCGCUUGCAUCAUAAUUAUAUAUAGAAUUGUUACUUUUUGUGGAUAUAUAUUCGUAUGAGAGAGAGAGAGAGAGAGAGAGAGAGAGAGAGAGAGAGAGAGAGAGAGAGAGAGAGAGAGAGAGAGAGAGAGAGAGAGAAAGCAAAAACAA